UCUCCCCGCCGGGGCGGGCUCGGGAGCAGCCCUUCCCUCCGGAGCGAGAGGGAUGCGGGGAUCCCCGGGGGGGUGCGGGGGCUGUCGGCGCCUCCGUCCCCUCGUGUCCGAGCCCCGUUACCUGCUCGCCUUCCUCGCCUGCCAGAUUUUUAUCUGGAUAAUUGGAAAUGCGGCGGAGGCUGCGCUCCGCCAGCCAGCCGAGGGGCUCUGCAGCCGCGCGUCGUCUACCUUGUUACCAGGGGUUGUCUGGGCAGGGGAAAUGAGGGAGCCACGACCCAGGGACUUCUAUUGCUCGCCCGGAGAGUAGGGGAAAAAAAAAAGGUGGUGGGGGGGGAUGGUGAUUAAAUAGAAAACGAGAAAAGCCCUAACAGAUGAACGGAAAGUUUAUUUUUGUUGUUGUGUGAACAUCCGUGUGUGUGCGUUCAUGUGUGCGCCCGCUGUUUUGGCAUGUGGCUACCUUUUCCCUUGCAUACAACAGGGCUGUUUGAUGGAGUUUGGAGCUGAGGAAACUUUGGGUUUGUUGCCAGGACGGUUCGCAGCACUUUGUGGAAAGCAAGAGCUAACAGUGAGACCGACAGAGUUCAGUUGGAGGCGACCAUAGGUGGCUGCUGUGACAAAGGGAAAUUGUGCUUUUCCAGCAUGCUAACUGACCCUGAUUUACCUCAGGAGUUUGAGAGGAUGUCUUCCAAGCGACCAGCCUCUCCGUAUGGGGAAGCAGAUGGAGAGGUAGCCAUGGUGACAAGCAGACAGAAAGUGGGAGAAGAGGAGAGUGACGGGCUCCCAGCCUUUCACCUUCCCUUGCAUGUGAGUUUUCCCAACAAGCCUCAGUCUGAGGAAUUUCAGCCAGUUUCUCUGCUGACGCAAGAGAACCGUGGCCAUAGGACUCCCACUUCUCAGCACAACACAAUGGAAGUUGAUGGCAAUAAAGUGAUGUCUUCAUUUGCCCCGCACAACUCAUCUACCUCACCCUUGAAGGCAGAAGAAGGUGGGCGUCAGAGUGGAGAGUCCUUGUCCAGCACAGCCUUGGGAACCCCAGAGAGGCGCAAGGGGAGCCUCGCAGAUGUCGUGGACACCCUGAAGCAAAGGAAAAUGGAAGAGCUCAUCAAAAACGAGCCAGAAGAAACUCCCAGUAUUGAAAAGCUACUAUCAAAGGACUGGAAAGACAAGCUUCUUGCCAUGGGAUCAGGGAACUUUGGAGAAAUAAAAGGGACUCCAGAAAGCCUCGCUGAGAAAGAAAGGCAGCUCAUGGGUAUGAUCAAUCAGCUGACCAGUUUGAGGGAACAGCUGCUAGCAGCUCACGAUGAACAGAAGAAGCUGGCUGCAUCUCAGAUCGAGAAACAACGCCAGCAAAUGGAGCUGGCUAAGCAGCAACAAGAACAGAUUGCAAGACAACAGCAGCAGCUUCUGCAGCAGCAACACAAAAUUAACCUUCUACAGCAGCAGAUCCAGCAGGUCCAGGGUCAGCUGCCUCCAUUAAUGAUUCCCGUAUUCCCUCCAGACCAACGAACCCUAGCAGCAGCUGCACAGCAAGGAUUCCUCCUUCCUCCUGGUUUCAGCUACAAGGCGGGAUGCAGUGACCCCUACCCCGUUCAGCUGAUCCCAACUACCAUGGCAGCUGCUGCCGCAGCAACACCGGGCUUAGGCCCACUCCAACUGCAGCAGUUGUAUGCUGCCCAACUUGCUGCGAUGCAAGUGUCUCCGGGAGGCAAGAUUCCUGGCAUUCCCCAGGGGAACCUUGGUGCUGCCGUGUCCCCUACCAGCAUCCACACAGACAAGAGCACAAACAGCCCUCCACCCAAAAGCAAGGAUGAAGUGGCCCAGCCUCUGAACCUUUCAGCCAAACCCAAGACAUCUGAUGGCAAAUCUCCCACAUCACCCACCUCUCCUCACAUGCCAGCUCUGAGAAUAAACAGUGGGGCCAGUUCACUAAAGUCCUCUGUGCCAGCAACGUUAGCGAGUCCUUCGGCCAGAGCCAACACAAUAGGUUAUUUAAAUGACCACGAUGCUGUUACCAAGGCGAUCCAGGAGGCCCGACAGAUGAAGGAGCAGCUACGGAGGGAGCAGCAGGUGCUGGAUGGGAAGGUGGCCGUGGUGAACAGCCUGGGUCUCAAUAACUGCAGGACAGAAAAAGACAAAACAACACUGGAGACCCUGACUCAGCAGCUGGCAGUAAAACAGAGUGAAGAUGGGAAGUUCAGCCAUGCGAUGAUGGAUUUCAACAUGAGUGGAGAUUCUGACGGAAGUGCAGGAGUUUCAGAGUCUCGGAUUUACCGGGAAUCCCGAGGGCGUGGUAGCAAUGAGCCCCACAUCAAGCGCCCAAUGAAUGCAUUCAUGGUGUGGGCUAAGGAUGAGCGGAGGAAGAUCCUUCAAGCCUUCCCUGACAUGCACAACUCCAACAUCAGCAAGAUACUAGGAUCUCGCUGGAAAGCUAUGACAAACCUAGAGAAGCAGCCAUACUAUGAGGAGCAGGCCCGGCUCAGCAAACAGCACUUGGAGAAAUACCCAGACUACAAAUACAAGCCCAGGCCGAAGCGUACCUGCCUUGUAGAUGGCAAAAAGCUACGCAUUGGCGAGUACAAGGCCAUCAUGCGCAACAGACGCCAGGAGAUGAGGCAGUACUUUAAUGUUGGGCAACAAGCACAGAUCCCCAUUGCCACGGCGGGUGUAGUGUACCCAGGAGCCAUUGCCAUGGCAGGAAUGCCUUCCCCACACCUGCCCUCAGAGCACUCGAGUGUGUCCAGCAGCCCAGAACCCGGCAUGCCCAUCAUCCAGAGCACUUACGGGGUCAAGGGCGAGGAGCCGCACAUCAAGGAGGAGAUGCAGCCCGACGACGUCAACGGAGAGAUCUACGAUGAGUACGAUGAGGAGGAGGACGACCCCGAUGCAGACUAUGGCAGUGACAGUGAAAACCACAUUGCGGGGCAAGCCAACUGAUUGGGGUCCCAGUGUCUCGAGACCUGAAGGACUUCAAGGAGAAAAGAAAAAAAAAUAAAUAAAGCCCCAUCUGGUUUAUCCUUGCCAGUGGCCAAGCACAUUAACUUUCUCAUACACUGACUGUUACUUUAACUGUUAGUCUUAACUAGUUGGGACAUCAGCUGACUAAUAGACAUCAGCCUGCAUCAGAAGAAAAAAGGCUCAGAAGAAAGGAAACAAAGACAACGACAACAACAACAGAAUGAUAUAAGCUAUGGGUAAAAUAAUGCCAGUAAUUCAGCUGCUAUACCCAAGCACUGAAGUCUUACCCGUCGACCUUUUAUUAUUAUUAUUUUUUUUUCAAAUAAACUUUAUGGCUGUUUGUUCUACAAUGUUCUAGAAAUUCUCACUCAGGUACACAGUGCCAACAAGUGGCUUGUGAAUGUGUUUUGUUGUUUUGUGCUACAGUUUAAAGAGAAAUAUUUUUUUUUUUUUGGUAAUGCACCUGACAGGAAAAAAAAAGAUAAAAUUCCUUUUAACCCCCUCUGUCUCCUCCUCCUCCUCUUCUUCCUCCUCCUUCUCCUCCUCCUCCCUGUCAAAUCUGGGUCCGAAGUGUGUAUGUGUGCGUGCCUGCGCGCGUGGCUGGCAAGGAAGGAAGUGGAGAGUCUUUCUGUUAACCCCAACAAGCAUUUUAUUUCAAGAGAGGACUUCUCUUCAUCAGUUGCACACCAUACUGAGUCUUUGAGCAAGUGCCAAAUUUGUACUAAAGCGCUGAACUAGUCCAGUUUGCUUUUUUUUGGUUGGUCUCUUCUUGUUUUGUUUUUCUUCGGCUUUUCAUUUGCUUCUUCCUCUGUCUUAAGUUGGGACAGUGUUAUAUCUUAGACAAUCCUUUGAAGAAUAUACCAGCAGCUGGUGAGAUUGGACAUAUAUUUUUGGUUUUGCUUUUGCUUUUUAAAGGAAACUGUAGGUGCUGUUCUCAGGUGAAAAAAAAAACAGAGAGAGAGAGACACACAUAAGAAAUUUAGAGAAGAAAUAUUUUAUGGUCUUGGAUUUUCAUAUGGAUGUGUUUAUGGUACUGAUAAGAAUGAUCUUGGACUAUUGUGAGCAAAAAGCUUGUUCCAGAAUGAAGUCCUGCACCCUCCAAAUGACUUGGUCUGUAAGAAACCUUUUCUUUUAGUUUACACUUCAAGUGGCAGCAUAAACAACAAAAAAAAGGCUUGUCCAAAAUGUGGUUUGUUCUGCAUGGGACACAGCAGCUGGAAAUGUUACCUCCUUGCUGAGCUUAAUUAAGUUACCACCAGCUGAGUCCAGUUCUGAUGAACUCGUACCUUCGAGGUGGUUGAAUAGUGAUUUCUGAUUCAAAAGGCAAUUUUUUUUAAAACUGAUUUUUUUUUUUUUCUUCUGUGCACUGGCAGAAAUCUGUCUUUUAUCAGUGAGAUGUUUGUGUAGGAAGGAAGGCUAAUAGCUAUGAAGAUAUUUCCAUAUUCAAAAUGAGGUUAGAAGAACUCAAACCAUUGCAGCACUGAAUUUCCCUCACUGCUGUCUCUCACAACUGAAAAAAUUAUUCUCCUCUGCUAAAAUAUUUCCAGUGUUGUUGUAGAGCACUUAUUUACUUAUUGCUUGGGCAGUUUUGUCUUCCUUGGUCAACGACAACCAGAUGAGGAAGCUGGCUGGGAGCUGCUGUGUGCCCUGGAAAGGAAGGUCUUGGGGUUGUGCUGAAGCAAAAACCUUCCUCUGAAUUCUUUUUUUAACUGAGGAUGCCAACUUUAUAUUGCUUCCUAGUAAAUUCCUACUCCCAGAGGGAGAUGCAUUGCUGUUGUUAUCACUUCUAAAAUUAGCCCAUGCAUCUUAGUGGCAGUGAAAUCCCAGCCCAAGCACUCGCCAGAACCAUGUCACCACUAUUUGGCAGCAUUGGUUUUGCAUACAGUCCCCUAAUCAGGCAAAUUCAGCCCUUGAUGCCAGAUGCAGGAUGAACAGGACAGGUAGGAAGGGGGGAAUGCCUUUCUUUGCCUCUUGAAAUCCCACUUGAAUUGUAACUUGACCUCUGCAGACCUUGUGCAAAGCUAAAAGCAAAUGCCAUUGAAGACUUAGGACAAUACUCCGAUGAGCGGUGUGGACAUGUGAUAAUUUUACUCUGCUACAUCUCUUUUCUUUUUCUUCUGUUUUCCCUGUUUUGAUUUCCACCUCUGCUUUGAAAAAUUCUUUUCUAUUUUCUCUCUCUCCGAAGAUUUGCUCUGAAAUUAUACUUGGAGUAGCUGAUUAUAUCCUUCAUGUCAGAGAGGGUUCUUCUUUUGUAUUUUAUGACUGUGUUGGGGUUUUGUUUUUUUUUCAGUUGAACUGCCUCUUCUUGCUAGUGUUGAAUGGUAAUUAUAAUAAUAAUAAUAAUGGUCAGCUGUUCCCAGAUUAGUAAAUUAUGUAUAAUUUAUUUACACCUCCCCUUUUUUAACUUUAUUUUAUUCUGUUCUAAUUUGGCAGUGCAGCAAAUGAAGUUGUUAGGCUAUUUAAAAUGGAUACCCCUCCCCACCUUACCUUUUUAUAUAUAUAUAUAUAUAUAUAUAUAUACAUAUGAAAACAAAUUGCUUCUUCUUCUGCUCACACCAUUUCUCUUUCUUUUAUUUUAAUUUUGGCCCCAGCCAUGUCAACUUCUGAUGUUUAUUAUGAUGGAGUGAAUUCAUGGGAGUGUUGUUUUCAAUCUUAAUUAACUUCUGCUCUCUCAUCACUCAUUUUAGUUAUUUAAUUACACCAGUCAUCUACAGCCAAUUUUUGAAGCACUCUGUUUGGAUAAGAAGGAAAAAAAAAUAGACAAUUGUUUUUAUAUCAUUAUUAUGUACAAUGUGAAAACAGAUAUUUGCUCCUUUUUUUUUUUUUUUCCAAACUUUUCAAUUUGUUCCCUGUCUUUGUGAACAAAUUACUUCUGACUCUUGUGGGUUCACCUCACAUUUGCUGGAUGAUUUCCACCAGGGUUUAGAGACUCUCUGGUUUAAUUGUGUCACUUCGGGCUACCGGAAUACUUUGUUUUAGCUCCAGGUAGGUGCCACUGUGGCAGGCAGGAUUGGAGCAAGCCUUGAAGGCACAGGCUGGGAAAGCUCAGUGGGAAGGGGGCUCUUGGACUUCGGUGGGACCAAGUUUCAGUGCUGAGUUCUGUGGGAGCCACUCCUGGAGGCAGCCUGGUGUCUGUGGGCACGGUGGGACAGUGCCCUUCUCCAAGAGCCCCGUGCUUUUCACACCUCCUCAUCCAGGGCUCAGCUGAAUGAGCUGAUUUUGUCCCAUACACAUUCCCUUCGGAGAGACUGUGCCCCAGCCUGGCCUUCCGUCCCUUGGGCUUUGGGAAUGGAUUUCUUUAUUGAACUGUCCAAUAUGAAAACAUAAAUUUUAAAAAAAAUUUACUCUGGGGUUCCCAACCAGCAAAAUACUUAAUGCCCAUGCUAAUGUUUUCUUCGGUCCAAGGAUGAGCACUCAUAUAUCCUUCAGCAGUAGAAGACCAGAUUUGAAAAUAGGGUACUGUUUGUCCCUCUUGAAUUUUCUGGGGGGAGAAAAAAGAUAAAAAACAAAAAAAGCAAAACAUGCAUUUAUAAAAAUUAUCUUCCUGUCUUGUUUCUUUUUUUUUCCUGGGUUCUGUGCCCUGGAGCAUGUAAAAAAACCAGGUUAGAAGAGAUUAGGAUUUAUUAACCUAAAAGCUCAUUGAGGUCCUAAUGCCAAGGCGGGCUUUGUUCCCCUCUUCCCUGGGAACCUGGCAAGCCAGGAUGCUCCUGGGGAGCUGCCUGGGAUGGGAAGUGCAGGCCACCUCCUCCUCAAUGGCAGAAGCCACCAUGCAUCUUGUGAGCUUGAGAAAGAACAUCACCAGCAGUGGGGAAAAGAGGAAAAGAAAGGAAAAAAACUGAGGCACUUGCUUCUAAGCUCAAUUAAAUAACACAGAGUAUAUCCUUUUUUCCAUUUAUUCAUGCCUUAUAUUAGUAAAAUAGGAUUUUUAAGUGCAUUUAACAUCUUUAUCUAACCGUUCCGCUAUAUUAAUCAGGCCCCCAGAAAAGAACACUAGCUAUUAUUAUAACAUUUAAUUAGUUUUGUAACCAAAUCCUCUUAUUAUGAAUGCAUAUAGAAAAAAUUCUUUCUUCGAAGACAUUAUUUCAAAGAUUUGGUUACUGCAGUAGACUGUCUUUAAUUAAAUCAUUUUUUAGAAAGUAAAUUGUCUUUAACCUUUUUACAGCACAUUUUCAGAGCUUUUUCUUUUUAAUCCAAAGAGAUGAGCUGUUAUUGUCCCCGAAGAAGCCUCUGACAUCACAUUUGUAACAUCAAAAAUAAUUAUGCUCCAUGGAAAUGUAGGUCUUCCUUAGCAAGAAUUCAUCUGCUGUAAAGAAAGGCAACUGUGUGGUAUCUCGGACGUUUCAGGGCAUGAUGUGUGGGAUAGGAAGUUUCUUUGUCUGACCACUUCUCGGUAGAACCAUCCCUUCCAUUUUGCAAAUAACUGUGUAAUUCACUAGAUGUGAAUUCAAGUGUAUCCUCAAUCCACAGGGCAUGGGCUGUCUGUUUAGCUUGGUUUAUAUUUACAUUUUUUCAACUUUAUCUUAACUUGUCAGUUUCCCAGACUGAAGAACAUGUCAAGUUUGUUUUUUCUACUGACUGAUUUCUCUACUCCCCAGUGUUUUUUGUCACUGGUUUGCUGAAACAGUAUUUAUAUAGCUCCACUGGCUCUAAAGCUCUUAUCCUUCUAACGUUUUGGAUUUUACAAGUGAAAUGAAAAUAGAAAAGAAAUAGAGACAAUCAAAUGCCUGGAGCUUAAAACAAAGUAUGUGCAACCUACCAUCUCACUUGAAAUUUAAUAAAAGAAAUAAUUAUGUAAAUAUAACAUAGAGUUAUAGAUUUAUAUUUUGUUCAUAACACAUAGUGUAAUAUAAGUUGUAUAUUUUCAUGUUUUGGUUUUAUGUUACCAUUCAUGCCACAAUAAAUGAAAAAAACAGGAGUCAAUGUACUCUUUAAAAAAAAUACGAUGUGGAUUGCCACCAUCCUGGGUUUUUGGUUUUGUUUUUUUGGGUUUUUGUUUCUUUUGCAUUCCCCUUUUUCAGUAUUACUGCCCUGCAAGGCACCAAUAAAACAGCAAAUGUGUUCUUUACCUA